ACCUCACGUCAUUCUCUCAAGGGUCUGCAACAGAAGUCCGCCGGGUGCGACCCCGUCCACUAUCCGUGAACCGCCGAUCGGGCGCUUGUCAACGACCCCAGUCACUCACUCACCUGACAGACGCUGUCUACCCUGGCUCGCACGGCAUAUGACUUGCCCGAUAUCUCCACCUGCCUCGCCCACCUUCUCCGCAGUCACACAGCGAGCCUCGACUCCGCUUAUCCAUGCGCCGCUCCUCUCUCGACCUCCAGCUUGACUCUUGCACACGAGGAAUGAUGUGCGACACUAAGUGACCUUUUCGACCUCUUCCCCUCCAGCAGACUGCCAUUCUUCACCCAGUCUGGCGCGGGAAACACCAUGGUGUUAUUGGUGCAGACGCCCAUAGUGGCGCCGCACAUGGACCCAUCAGCAACCGCAAAUUCGCCCGAGCUGCCCGAACACGACUUCCUCCGUGAGGUUCUACAGCUCCCGAGCGGCGACUUCGAGACAUAUCUCGAAGGCCUACUGCAGCGAGCUACGCAACUGGGCAUAUCCGUCUCGCGGCCGACCUCGUCCAAAUCCACAAGUAAUGGAAAGCGCAAUACAUCCGGCGCCGACUCGAGCGUCACUAUUGAAUCCAACCAUGUGCGGACAGUAUCGACAUCGUCCCAAAGUUCCUCCGAUACGGUCUUGACGUCGCCCUCGGUCAAGGAUGGGAUCCAGGACGUCUCGGAGCGUACACUAUCUCGGAGACGUUCCCAGAACCUCACCUUUGCACAGUACGAAGCCUAUCUUUCUCGAGCCGAUAAGGCCGUCGUGGACCAGCCAAAGUUUUUGUCAUCGCCUUAUAUACAUGAGAAGGUCCCGGCAAGCGUCUUCAGCGUGAGCACCCGAAAAAGCUACAAGAGCAUUAAGCAGGGCCUCUCGAAGAUAAGACGCAAGCGCAAGACAACACCGUCGCCGGAAUCGAUAUACGUCUCCUGCAGUGCUUGUCGUGAGGAUCUCAAACCGGAUGAGGCGCUGGUCAAAUUGCCUUGCGCUCACAGCUAUUGUCCUCGCUGUCUGAGAAUCAUGAUUAACCAAGCCACCACCGACGAGUCCAAGAUGCCACCACGCUGUUGUACUCAACCGAUCCCCAGCUCAAUCAUCAAACCACUUUUGUCUCAAGAAGAUCAAUCGAACUUUCUCAAAGCCGUCCUCCAGUUUAGCACGCCCUGGGAGGCCCGUGUUUUCUGUUGCAAUCCUAGCUGCGGUGAAUUCAUUCCCCAGCGGAGCAAAAUCGACCCAAGAUACCCCUUUCACACAGUAUGCCGAAAGUGCCGGACGAGAGUAUGCGUCAUGUGUAAAAGGGAUGCACAUCCGAUAGGGCAGGACUGUCCAAGUGAUUGGGAGCUUGACGCCGUCCUCAAGAUGGGUGAGAAAUCGGGCUGGAGGAGAUGUUACAAAUGCCGAACAUUGGUGGAGUUGAGCCAGGGCUGCACGCACAUGACUUGCCGGUGCCGCGCCGAGUUCUGCUACAUAUGUGGCGCAGUCUGGGAUCAGGCCAUUGGCUGUCCAAAUUUGUGUAAUGGGGAGGCGGAAUUGGAGCGUCGUCGUGAGGAGGAGGAGGCUCGCUGUGCGGCUCAUGCUGCUGAUGAAGCCCUGAGGAAGGAGACGGAAGCACGAGAAGCCCAGGAGAGACUCGAGGCCGAGCAGCGAACUCUCGAAGAUCCAGCUUGCCAGGCGCUACGCGAUGACCAGGCUAAAGAUCUGGAGAGAUUUCGCAUGUUUGAGCGAAAGUCGAGAUGGCACAUGUGGGCCAGACACGCGCAGCAGAAGCUGGCCCUGAUCGAAAAGCAGACUUCCGCACUGGACAAGAUGAAGGAGCGCCAUUCGAAGACCGUGGCGACACUGGAAGAUAGGCAGGUCACGGCUGAGAUGGAGCUGCGGGCUACGCUCGAGCAGAGCGAACGAAACGUGCGGACCCGUCUCAAGCACAUGGAGGCUUACUGCGAUGGGCUCGGCCAGAAUCCAGAAGCGGACAUGCCUUCAAGAGUGGUGACUGAGCGGGAUUUGCGCGAGCUUGCGCAGCAAUACAACCUCGAAAAGAACAUGAAGCAGCUUCACGAAGCCCGGAUCAACGUAAUGCGAGACCGACAGACCAGUGCGCUGGAAGAACUUAACGAGCGGCAGGAGAUCGAAAUGACGAAGCUUUUGGACAAGCACAACAAGGAGCUUGAGGCGCUCGAACUUAUCUUUGCUGAGGAGGAAGAGACGGCUUCUGCAGUUUUCCUUCAACGUAGAGCUCUGCUGCAGAAACGGUGGGUUCUCUGUGCAGAGAUUUUGAGAAAGGAGCUUGAGAGCGAGAAAGGAGUAUCAUUCGCGGCCCUGGCUAGCCCUGAGUGGCCGGUCGAUGCGGAAGCUUCCGAAGACGGGCUUUCCGCCGUUGAGGAAUGAACACUGCUGUCCACACCUCACCCAACCAUCACCGUUCACGCAAUGAGUUCUACUGGCGUGAGAUUUUCCUUGGAAGUUUUGCUUCAAAGGGCCACGAGCUUUGUGCGUGGUGCAUAGCACAGCGGGCGCGAUUUUCCAUUUCCACCAUUUUGCUUGUUUUUAGACUUGAGCUGAUUUUGCCACGGUACUCCUAGUUAGACCAUGGGAAGGGGUUUUCGGCUAGCUCUCACGGAUUUGAUUGCGAGCGGUGCUUGAGCGAUUGCACGUUUGUCUCAUAUCGCUUAAUUUUUGAAGGUUGGAAGCAUCAAUACCCGUCUCUCGCGUUGGCGC